ACUUUUUUUUACAUUUAUAUCGAAACAACGUGCAUGCGCAGAAAAUCCCCACGAAGAUUUGAUUUGGUGGACCUUGAUGCGCCCCUUAUCCUGCCAGUGUAUAUCUCGCGACAAAAGUGUAUAAUAGAAUCCGGUCGCUCUUUGCGCUGCUGUUAUCCAAGUUUCUGAUGUGAGCGCGAAAUUCGCUGAGCGAAAACUAUUUAACAACCGUAAGUUGCACGGUCGCGAUUAGUCUCGUGGCGCUGCUCGAAGGCAAAAGAAGCAACCAGGUGUGACGGUGGAUCAAAAUUCGAAUAAUAAUACGGCAGUGAUCGAACCGAGUGAUAAAUGCAAACAACGCAUAUUGACGUGAUAAACAAGUGGCAAGAAUAAACAAAACAUUUUGGUCAAAUUUAAAUCUCCGCUUCGCGUUCGCAACCUUGCGAGAAUCUCAAGAUAUUUUCCGACAUCCGGAAACAACAGUCUUUGUCGCAAUAUGGCCGCUCCAGCGAAUGCAACGAGCAAUCUCAAAAUGAACGGAAAUAGUAAAAUCUACUGCGAGGGCAAUCUGCUGCACACCAUCCAAACGGCAGUGCCCAAACUAUUUGCGGAUUCGAAGACCUUUGUGGACAUGAAGCUGAACUAUUCGCCCGACAAGACCCUCGAGGACUUUAAUGUCAUGAUGGAGGCCAAGAAUCAGACGCCAAGCAGAGAGGAUAUCAAGCAGUUUGUCGAUAAGUACUUCAGUGCACCGGGCACCGAGCUUGAGAAGUGGACGCCCACCGACUGGAAGGAGAAUCCCAGCUUCCUCGACUUGAUUUCCGACCCAGAUCUUAAGCAAUGGGGCGUCGAGCUGAAUAGCAUUUGGAGGGACUUGGGACGCAAAAUGAAGGACGAUGUGUCAAAGAAUCCCGAAUACUACUCGAUCAUUCCCGUGCCAAAUCCAGUGAUCGUGCCCGGCGGUCGUUUCAUUGAGUUCUACUACUGGGACUCCUACUGGAUCAUCCGCGGACUCCUCUACAGCCAGAUGUUUGACACCGCGCGCGGCAUGAUUGAGAACUUCUUAUCCAUUGUCAAUCGGUUCGGUUUUAUUCCAAACGGCGGUCGAGUCUACUACCAUGGUCGCUCCCAGCCGCCACUUCUAACCGGUAUGGUCAAGUCGUACGUGGACUUCACCAACAAUGACAAGUUCGCCAUUGAUGCCCUGGACACGCUGGAGCACGAGUUCGAGUUCUUUGUGAACAACCACAAUGUCACGGUGAAGAAUCACAGCCUGUGUGUAUACCGCGAUUCGUCGUCCGGGCCGCGACCAGAGUCCUACCGUGAGGAUGUGGAGACUGGCGAGGAAUUCCCCACGGAUGAGGCCAAGGAACUGCAUUACAGUGAACUCAAGGCAGGCGCCGAAUCUGGCAUGGACUUUAGCUCACGCUGGUUCAUCUCCCCGAGUGGAACCAAUGAUGGCAACCGGAGCGCUCUGAGCACCACCUCAAUUGUGCCCGUCGACCUGAAUGCCUAUCUCUACUGGAACGCCAAGUUGAUUGCCGAGUUCCAUUCCAAAGCGGGCAACACCAAGAAGGUCACCGAGUACGAGACCAAGGCCGAGAAACUCCGUCUGGGUAUCCAAGAAGUUUUGUGGAACGAGGAGGCCGGUGUCUGGUUGGACUACGAUAUGAUUAACCAGAAGCCGCGCGAUUACUACACGCCCACCAAUCUAUCUCCACUGUGGGUGAAGGCCUUCAACAUUUCGGAGUCCGAGAAGAUAUCGGCUUCUGUUAUGGCCUACAUUGAGAGGAACAAGCUGGACAGCUACCCUGGCGGAGUUCCCAACACGUUGAGCAACACCGGAGAACAGUGGGAUGCCCCCAAUGUGUGGGCACCGAUGCAGUACAUUCUGGUCGAGGGCCUGAAUAACCUGAACACUCCCGAGGCCAAGAAUAUGUCACUGAAGUGGGCCACCAAGUGGGUGAAGACAAACUUUGCGGCGUUUAGCAAGGACAGGCACAUGUACGAGAAGUACAACGCCGAUGAGUUCGGAGUUGGCGGCGGCGGUGGGGAGUACGAAGUACAGACUGGAUUCGGUUGGUCCAACGGUGUGAUCAUCGAGUGGCUGAGCAAGCACGGGCGCGACAUUUCCAUUGGAUCCGGUUGUGGCUGCCUAGCAGGUAAUCGUAUGAUGGGCAUCGUGGGCGUGGCAGCUGUGACUAUAGUUGCUCUGAUAGCAGGUCGUGUUCUAUGGUGAGACAACGUGUGCCAAAACAAGCCGUAAUUGCUUCCCAAGUAGUGUGAUUCCCCCCUCCGUGUUUGUGCGUGUGUUGUGAAGUCUGUAGUUGCUAACGUUUUUCGUUGAGUGCGGAGAUUGCAGUAUUAGUUUAUCAUUAUUUGGUGGUUGAAGUGAGAGUUGUAUAUACUGAAUUUAUAUGGGCAUGCCCGACAUUGUUAUUACGUUUUAAUAUCUAGCAAAUACCUAUACCAAUCCUAGCUCCUCGCAACCAAAUGAAGACACAAAUACAAUUGUUAACAAUAAUUUACAAGCUCUUUUCUUGGCAUUUUUAAAUAAACAAGAACACAAACUUUA